AGUGGCUGCUAGAUUUAAGCGGUUUGUUGUCUGCGGGAUGUCCCGGAAUGAAACCGGCCGGAUUGGAAUUUGAUUUAGUCUAUGGAGGUGCGGAACGGGAAAACGCUGCCCUUUCAUAAUCUCUUAAACGGGAGGGGAUUUACUGUCGAGUGUCGACUAAUCCAUUGAAGAGACUGCAUGUCUCGUUUCGCGACAUCGUUUUCUUGUGAUGUUUUGGUCAACAGUUUGUGACAUUGUUGCAGCGCUAACGUUAGAGUCCCCAGCGCGGUCACAGGUAAACUGGCGCCAACGGUUCAAGAAGAAUAACUGACCAUAUUCAUCUUCGAACUAUUCACCAUGUUUCUGCAACUGUACAGAGACCGUCGGUUUUGUCGUUGUACAGUCAGUCUGAAUGCUAUCAGAUAGCCGAGGGGAGAUGAGGGCUGAUGUGGAGUACAGCCCGGUCGGCGAGGGGCUGGGGAUGAGCGAGUUCUGGCUCCAUGUGUGGAUGCGGAGGGUCGCCGUGAUCGCUGCCCAUGUUAAUGUCUUUGGUCUCACUGUGCUGAUUUCACUACUGUCUGGAACAAUCAACGUGGUGGACUUCUGUGGCCAGAACAUCCAGGGCAAUGGGAUGAUUGUCAACUCACACCAGGAGUCCAAGAAGUACUACUUUGUCACCAUGGGAACAGACUGCCACUUCACUAUGCAGGCGGCCUCACCCAAGGACAAGGUACAGUUCCACUUCCGCUUCUUCCUGGUCUACAGCCUGCUUCGUUUAGCACCCCAAAGUCCCACCCCCCUCUUCCCUGAGUCCCCAGGGGACCUCCGAUUGGAGCCUUCGAAUCCAGUGGUGGAGCCAAGGGACCCGUGUCAUGCGGGGUCAUACAUUCAGUUCUAUGAUGGGCGGGACAAGAACUCGCCUCCAAUUGGGCCACCGCUGUGUGGGAAGAGCCCACCCCGUCCGGUGCUGUCCACAGGGAAUCACCUGACCCUGCGUCUGGUAACCCGCGGUACCCAGCCAAGAGUGGACUUUGUGGGGGACUUUACCUCCUUCAGACUGGGUUUUAACCAAUCCGCGUGCAGCGGCGAACCUUAUUUCCCGUGUCGCAAUGGGAAGUGUAUCCCCAUGAGUCUGGUGUGUGACGACAAGGGCAUUGAUAACUGUGGGGACGGGAGCGACCUGGAGGAUCACCUGCCCUCAGGGUGCAAAGGUCACUUAGCAGGUCAGCUGGCUCCAGUCCAAGCCACUUCCCCAGCAGUGACCCCAACCCCUCCUGUCUUAAACCCGACAACUUUUCCCAUGUUCACCUAUAGGAACUGUGGCACUCCGGACGGCGUACCCAAUCACGACUCAGUGACAGACUCUCCACCCUAUCUGUCUCUGCUGGUGCUCUUCAUCACCCUGGGUGUGAUAGCUGGUUUGGUCCUGCUGUGUUGGUGCUGCUGGUCUCCAGGCUGGUUCCUCUGCAGGAUCAUUGUCUGCCGCUUCCUACCCUGCUGUAACUCAGCCUGCGCCUCCUGCAAGCUCUGUGCCCGAAGCUGUUCCCAGAACAAGGAGCACCGACUGGCUAAGGUUUCACCACAAGGACAGGUCACAAUCAACGAUGCCGCCUUGGCCCCCCUCACCACAGCCACGGCUAGCGCAACUACUGUCACUGUGUAGGGAGUCGCUAUAUAGUGUAGGACUGUUAUCGCUAUGUAGGGUAACCACCAUGAUGGCUAACAGUGAGACAGAUGGACUCAUGGACAUGAUGACCCAGAUUUCAUGUUCUAGACUGAUGGACUGAGAUGAGACACAUCUUUUUGCUAGUUUACAAGAAUGUCAUGGAAGAAGGGGUACUGCAGGGUGUACAUUUGCAUUUUCAGUGGAAAUGAGACAUUGUCAUUAUCUUCUCCCCACAUUUGGACAGUUCUUAAAAUGGGGGAGGCUUCACUUUUGAAUGUUUCACUCACUGUAUGAUCCUUUUUUGUUGUUGCUUUAAAAAAUAAAUGACUGGCGCUAA